AAAUAAAAAUAAAAAAAUGGGAUUUCGUAAAGGAGCUCGUUGGAAGAAGAAAGGAGGGAAUCAAGAAACCAAGCCAAAGUCUGAUGGCCGGAACGAAAGCAACUAUAAAAAGCAAGAACUUAAUAAUGAAGUCUUCAAAAUGUACUACAAGAGCCAAAACCUAAUGCCUGAAGAAGAAUUUGAUACAUUUAUCGAAUCUUUGAGGUCACCCUUACCAAGUACUUUCCGUAUUACUGGGACAAGAAGUAAUGCUAUGCAAAUCCGCAAGUUUAUUGAAGACGAACAUGUAGCGAAAAUGCAAAAUGUCAUUGUGGACGGUGUGAAAUAUGAUCCUCCUAAACCAGUAUCUUGGUAUCCUGAUCAACUUUGCUGGGAAAUCACUUGUCCCCGUGGUGUAUUGCGAAAUUCUCCUGAAUAUGCAACCUUUCAAAAGUUCCUUGUGGCAGAAAAUGAAACGGGAAAUAUUAGUCGACAAGAAUUAGUUAGUAUGGUGCCUCCUUUACUUAUGGAUAUAAAACCUCAUCAAAGAGUUCUCGAUAUGUGUGCUGCUCCUGGAUCCAAGACUGGUCAAAUUGUUGAAGCUGUUCAUGCCAAUGACAAAUUGAAUGAAAUGCCUACUGGAAUGGUUGUGGCCAAUGAUGCUGAUUAUAAACGAAGUCAACUUUUGGUCCAUCAGUUAAAGCGUCUACAAUCCCCUUGUUUUGUGGCUACAAAUCAUGACGCUGCUCAUUUUCCAAACAUCACUAUCAAGGAAAAUGGUGUGGAAACUCCCUGGCAAUUCGAUCGUGUUUUAUGUGAUGUACCUUGUAGCGGUGAUGGUACUUUACGCAAAAAUCCAAAAGUAUGGAAUGAAUGGUCUCAAGGAGCAGCUAUUGCUCUUCAUAGUAUUCAAGUUCAAAUCUUUUUACGUGGUGCACAAUUGACCAAAAUGGGUGGACGUAUUGUUUAUUCUACCUGUUCUUUCAACCCUAUUGAAAAUGAAGCUGUUGUUGCCGAAGUUUUGCGUUUAACCAAUGGUGCUCUUGAAUUAAAGGAUGUGUCUGAUGAACUUCCUGGACUUAUCCGUCGACCUGGUCUCAAGACAUGGAAAGUGAUGACCCGUGAAAACAAGUAUAUUUCCUCUGUGGAUGAAAUUGACAAUGCUCGCACUCGACGUAAAUUCCCUACUUCUGCUUUCCCACCUGAAAACACAGAUCAUCUGCAUUUGGAACGAUGUUUACGAAUCUAUCCUCAAGAUCAAAACACUGGUGGUUUCUUUGUGGCCGUUUUUGAAAAAGUGAAACCAAUGACUGUUGCUGAUCGUAUAUCCAUCUCCAGAGAUCUUGGAAAGUCAGUUACUACCACUGAUAUACAAGCUGGUGAAAAUGAAGAUGAAUCUCUUGUUCAAUCCGUUAAUGCUUCUGCUGCAAGCCCACCUCCUACUGAAGCUGAUAAUAAUGAUGAUGAUAUUAAGGUGACUACCGAUGUUACUGAAGAGGAUUCUGUACCCAGUAAGCGUACUGCACAAGAAACAACUGAAGAACCCAAAGUGCCAACUAAAAAGAAAGCAAAGAAGGAUGUACAAGCAAUGAAAGAAGCACCAUUUGAUUUGAUGUCACCUGACAAUCCUGAUUUACAAGCAAUCAAAACGUUUUAUGGUCUCAGUCCCAAUUUUCCCGUUGAUCAAUUUUUACUUCGAUCAGACGUGGAUACUCGAAAUCGUCAAAUUUAUUUUGUAUCAUCAGCGGUGAAAUUAAUAUUGGAAUCCAAUCAAUUCAAGCGACUACAUGUUGUCAAUACGGGUGUCCGAUUAUUUGCUCGACAAGGUUCAUUAGCCGAAACAACCGAAUGUGCCUUCCGUAUUUCAUCUGAAGGUGUUCCUUUGAUUCAACAAUAUAUUGAAGACCGUCGUUCUGUUCAUGUUGGUUUGGCCGAUCUCAAGAUACUCUUGGUCAGUGCGUUCCCUAUGAUUACAGACUUUUCAGAAACUGCUCAAACUGCUUUGAACAAACUUUCUAUUGGUGGUAUUAUCUUUAUCAUUGAUGUUUCUGAAGCUCACUUGCCUGCUGAUACACAAAUGAUGCUUCCUGUCUGGCGUGGUAAAUCAUCUGUCAAUGUAUUAUUGAACAAACAUGAUAAAAAAUCAUUGUGUCAAAGGUUAUUUGCCAUGACACCUGAACCCAUCCCUGUCCAUAUCAAGGAAAAAUCACAGCCUCCUUUGAUCCAACAAACAGAAGAAUCAACGGAAGAAACAGCUACUGUAGAAUAAUUUAUCAUCAUCAUCAUCGUCAUUCCAUCCUCGUAGUAGUAAUAUACAUCAAUAAAAUGCAUUUUAUUCUUCAAUAC